AUGAAUGAUGAAAAGCCUGCGACAAUGAGAUUAUUUCAUCAAAGCCGUGCUGGUGACCUCAGAGGGAUGACAAAUGGUUCGGCAAACAAAGCGAUCAGCAGAUGUGCUCAAGAAGAAGAGAGAAUACAAACCUUCUACGGCGAAAGCGGUGGUUCCAUUCUGUUGAUCUUCCUAGAGGUUUCCUCGAACCAUCGUGGAAAAGAGUUGGCAGAAGCGACCUUCACCUGGAUGGCUCAGCCAGCCAGCGGUGUUCCCUGCCAACAUGUAGGUCGCCAAGGCUGCCCGGCGAUACGAUCAUACCCUCUAUGGGCAUAUUGCUACAUAACUCGUAGCCAGUCAGCAACAUUAGUCAAGAAAUAUUGUUACCCAGUAGAAUACAGGUUCACAAUCCCAUGA